AUGGGUUUGGGCAGAGUUGCUAUCGCAUCCAUUUCCAUUGCCAUCACUAUCUUAUUAGCCUUAACCAAGUCGUGCCAUUCAGCUAAAAUAUUAUUAGUCGUCCAACACUAUCAUAGCCAUGCACAGGUAGUUGCAGCAGUUGGAGAUGAAUUGCAUGCCAGAGGUCAUGCAGUAACGAUGGUUGCAGCUCAAGCUGUCCAAUCCUUGUCCAGCAAAGAAUUUAAAGUUCGAUAUUAUCAGACGCCUGUCAGAGAUCAAGACCUCGCAGAUUGUACCGCGCAAUCAUUAAAAAAUCAAGAUCCUCUACUAUCAGCGUGCAAUCGGCUUUUUCGAGAUGAUAUUCUUGCUUUUACCAAUGGAAAGGAGCUACUGGAUGAAUUAAAGCGUGAAAAUUUCGAUGGAUUAAUUUGCGACGUAGCAAGCUAUGCAUGCUUGAUUGUUGCUGAAUAUAUCAACAUCAAAGUCCAAGUAGAUGUAUCACCAAUCGGUCUGCUUGAUCCAUUAACAACUUCGCCAUAUCAUAUACCAGGUCCUCCUGCCUACGUCCCACAAAUGGCAGUCAUCGCGACUAACAAAAUGAAUUUAUAUCAACGCACACAAAAUGUCAUCUUUUACGGCAUUAUGAUCACUCUCUUACGAACCUUUAUGUUUAGUAACAUGUAUCGGUCUGCUAACAUAACUAAUUUAGGCUUCAACUCACCACCUAGCUUUGAACUCAGAAGAUCCACAUUUCUGAUUGCUAACGGUGAUUUCGCUGUUGAUUACCCUCGACCAAUUACACCAGCAACAAAAGUAGUAGGCCCUUUAUUACCAAAACCCGCUCAAACUCUUCCUGACGACUUACAACAGUUUGCCUCUGCUAACAAAAACGGGACUAUUGUAGUCUCCUUUGGUUCAGUCAUGAUUGGUUUAAAAUAUGUCACUGACCUAGAAAUAUUUUUCCAAGCUUUUGGUCAAUUACCUUACAAUGUCAUAUGGAAAUUUAGUGAUAAAAUCACCCAUCACAUUCCCGAUAAUUUAAAAGUCGUUCAGUGGUUGCCGCAAAAUGACCUACUUGGCCAUCAUAAUGUCAAAGCUUUGGUAACACAUUGUGGCUUAAAUAGUGUCCUAGAAGCUGCCUACCAUGGUGUACCUAUGAUUGGUAUUCCUAUUGCUGCUGAUGGAAUGAAUCAUGCUCAAAAGAUUAUAGCUAGAAAUAUCGGUGUGAUACUAGAUAUCAAAACGAUGACGAGCAAUGAUCUAUCCAAUGCAAUCAUCAAUGUCGUAACCGAUAAAUUUAUCGCAGAAAAUGCUACAAAGAUAUCAGCAUUUAUCAAGAACAGACCUAAUGGUAGAACACCAGCACAAGAAGCCGGAGACUGGGUUGAAUUUGCGUUAGGUAGUGAAGGAGGAAAUUAUUUACGGACUGAAGAAUAUAAUUUAAGAUGGUAUGAAUUGUAUUUGAUCGAUGUUUAUGCAGUUCUUAUAAUAAUAUGUUAUUUAUUCAUUAAACUAAUGAAAUUAGUGUGGAAAGGAAUUGCUAAUGUAUGUUGUCGUAGAAAAGAAAAGGUUAAAAAGUCCUAA